UUGAUAUUAAUGAAACACAAAUAUUUGUUUGCUAUUAAUUAAUCAAAUAAUGAAUUUAGAUACAAAUAUAGAUAGGAUUAUUUUGAAAUUGAGUUUGCCCUAUAAAUAUUCACCACUAAUAUGGAUUAUGAAAAAUGAAAAAGAAUGAAAACAAUUAAAACUUAACAAAAAACCUUCUUAUUGUUGAAUAAUAAAAUUACAAAUUGUACUUUUACUGCCAGUAAAUUAACGAUUAGAAACAAUGAAACGAAAAACUUGUUUGAUCGAGACUUUUGAGUCCUGUGAAAAUUCCGACAAAAAGCAUCGAAAUAUCCAAAGUGGAACGGCUACAAUGUACAAAAACACCAUUUGGUAUCAUACUUUACUAGAUGCCGAAAAAUCAUGUCUCAAGGAAGAAAAAGUUAAAAAAAUUCAUUAUAAGUUCGAAGACGGUAGAGAAAUGGUAGAGGAAUAUAAUGUAGAUACACAAGUUUUAUUACGUAGAGCUUGGAAGGUGAAAGGAAAACUUGAUGGUGAAGGAAAAUGGCAUGUAGAAAUUGGUGAUCCCAUACCCGAUGCUAUUUCAAAUAGUGAUUGUGCUGAAAUAACUGAAUGCAAAGACCAGCCUCAAGUAUUCAGGAGGAAUACGAGACUAAAUUUAGAAUGGAGAAUAAGAAAUCUACCAUACCCAAUUGAAACAUAUUCUAUUAGUGCAAACAAUGAUGAAAGGUGCAUAGUUAUUAGAACAACAAACAAAAAAUACUUUAAAAAGUUUAAAAUACCUGAACUUGAGAGGCUGAACUUAAAUAUAGAGCAAGCUAAUAUACAAUCUUCUCAUCAUUUCAACACAUUAAUAAUUAUGUACAAGAAACCUCAACAACUACUCGACAUGGAGAAGGAAUGGUAUGAAGAAUUAAAGAAGGUAAAACCAAUCAAGGACAUACCUAAUGAUUGUAAAACCCAAUAAAAUUAAACAGUCACUAAGAUAUC